AAACUACACGACAACUACACAUUUACACACUGUCUGCUCGUUUCAUCGCUUUCCCGCGAGCUUCCUUCUCGCCGACGGGAAAAAAAAAUUUAAAGAAAUUCUCUAAAACUCUGCUUCUGAGUUUUCUUGGAAUCUCAACGAAUUUCGAUUUUCAUCUUUUAAAAAUUGAAACCUCACCCGUCUUGGGUCCCUCGCUGGUUUCUUGUCUCCAUCUUCGCCUCGUCUCGUCUCGGUUUCAAUCCGUCGAAGUUAUUCAGGAAAUGUUCAUGUUACCUUCAGCCUUCAGGUGACCUGGAGAAUAUGAAGCAGCUGUUUUCACCAAAACUCAGGGGCAUGAGACUUCUGUGAAUAGAAAGGUCAGAGUAUCUAUUGGAGAGGAUUGAGGAGUUUUUGGUGAAUCUUGGUAAUGCGGAUAUGACUUUGGAGGAUUGGAUUUGAGCCAAUGAAGUAUUAUUAAGGAGAGAAGAGUUGGGAGGAAGAGGAUGGGUGCUGUUUGUUCUUGUUUUCGGGUCGAGGAUUUUGACGAGUACAGGAAUCCAAGUAGCUCUGUAUAUAGGAACUGCCCUUGCCUUAGGUGCCUCGUUCAUAAUUUCCUAAACCUGUACAUCGCAUUAUUCAGAAGAGGGGAAACCCGUUCACUCUCGUCCUCCCAUCAAGCCACUGCAACAAUAACUUCCACUGCCUCACAUGAUAACUUUCAGAAUGAUACAUUCCGUUCUACUCCAAGGCCUCUGCCUUAUGAUGCUGAUCCUAGAUACUUCCGGUCACCACGUGAUUCACUUGUCUCAAGACGUGAAAAGGGUUCUAGUCAUUCCCAUGAGGAAUCUGAACCCUUAAGAAGCGAUAAUGAUGUGGAUUCUGAGUCUUUUGGCAUGGGAGGAUGCAAAUGGGCCAGUAGGAAGUCCGUUCCUGAAGACGAUUCCAAAGAAGAGUACUCUAAAUCCACGAUGAGGAUCUUGCAGUCAAAGACAAUGGCUGGUAAUGAGAGCAUGUAUAUAUUGUCUGAAGACGAAGAUGUCUGCCCGACGUGUCUUGAAGAAUAUACAUUGGAAAACCCCAAGAUUGUUACCAAGUGUUUUCACCAUUUCCACCUCGCCUGCAUUUACGAGUGGAUGGAGAGAAGCGAAAACUGUCCUGUGUGCGGAAAGGUGAUGGAAUUCAAUGAAACGCCAUGAUUAUCAGACCUCUUUCUCAUGGGAAACCGGGGAGAUAAUGCAGGGAUGUGUACAUUUGCAUUGUUUGUGAAUAUUGUUCUUUGCCACUGGUAAAUGUUUUUCUGCACAGUUACCUUAUGAGGCACCCCCAAGAAACCAAACACACACACACACACACACACACACACACACACAAGAAGGAACCAGAAAAAGACUUUGUAUUUGUUGCAAUGUUUCUUGUGGUAAUUCAA